AUGGAGCUGGCGUUGCUGCUGCUGCUGCUCGUGUGCGCCCCGCGGUGGGGGAGGGUGGCUGGCUGUUGCUCUGGCCUAGGCAAUCCCUGGCUGGAAGCCAGGGCCCUGGCCCAGCUGCCCUGCACUCCUACUCCCCUGCCCCCAGUGGACAUGCCCUUCCAGGAGUACGUGGAGCACCUGCUGGAGCCUCAGGACCUGACCCUGCUGGGCAGUGACACACUCUACUUCUUCGGGGACAACAACUUCACGGAGUGGGGCUCCCUCUUCCAGAAAUACGUGCCCCCGCCCUUCCGCUUGCCCGGCACCACCAGUGCUUACAGCUUCGGCAUUGCUGGCUCCGGCUCAGGGGUGCCCUUCCACUGGCAUGGCCCUGGGUUCUCCGAGGUGAUCUUUGGCAGGAAGCGCUGGUUCCUGUACCCGCCAGAGCACACACCUGAGUUUCACCCCAACCGAACGACGCUGUCCUGGCUGCUGGACACUUACCCACGGCUGCCCCCUGAGGCACGGCCCUUAGAGUGCACCAUUCGCCCAGGCGAGGUCCUGUACUUCCCUGCCCGCUGGUGGCAUGCCACACUCAAUUUGGACACAAGCGUUUUCAUCUCCACCUUCCUGGGGUAGUGCUGAGCUGUGCCCUGCCCCUACAGCUGAAGAGUCCACAUGCUUCCCAUCCCAGAUAGAAACUGUGGUGCUGCUAGAUUGUAGCACCCCUUUGCCAUCUUCCAUGGGCUACUGCAAUGGAGACCUUUGUGUGAGCACCUGGAUAGGCACAGCACCUGUGUGCCCUAGCCCCUUGCGUGUGUGUGUUGGGGGGGAGUGCAGCUGUUCCAGGCUUUGGCUUAGUGGCCUGACCUUUGUCCUUAUGAAGGGUAGAAGCUCCCAAGACUGGGUGCUCACAAGUAGUGCUCCUCUACAGCUGGACCCUACUUCAGCAUCUGCUCCAGUUCUUCCAUUCCUCUCUUCCCCUUGACCUGGGGCUAUAUUCCAGCAGCUCCAUGACCAAAUGAGCACAGGGGAGGGCAGGUGCCCAACCACCUUCUCUUCUGAGCUUGAUUUAUCUUUGUGCUUGUGUUACACUACUCCAAGUGCUUGAGCAACAAGGCCAGUUUAACAAGGCAGCUCCUGAGGACUAGCAGACUGGAGUGCUGUCAGAGAGCAGCUUCUACCAGGGCAUUUUAGCAGUGGACCAGCCCCCUAGCUUAUGGCGCAUCCCAGUUAGGUAAGGGUGGGGAGGGGUGUUCCUCUGCUGAGCCUGACCUCAUAUGUGCAGUGCCCCCAGCCCCCAUGGGUGCCUUCUGGAAAAGCCAAGGGACCAGCUCCUUUUGUGCAGCCACUGGCUAGGAUUUCCUUACACACCGACUCAGGCAUAGGGGACAGGACUAAAUACUUGACAUCGUUUAGGUUAUUUAUUGGGGUUUUUUGCCCUGUUACUCUUUGGAUUAAAAAAUGUAGAUGACUAUAA